AUGAGUGACAACAAUGAUUUAUUCAAAUGUAAAAAAAAUGAAGAUCACCAUGCCUCAAGAAAGAGCAAUAACAAUUGUGAAAUUUUUGAACACGUAAAGGAGCAACAUUCUCCAAAUACUUUCAAGAAGCAUCCACCCAUAUUUACUAAUGAAUCUGUUUUUAUUUCUCCCGAGUUGAAUGAUUUUUUUGAAUCAUGCCUCCCUAAUAUAGUAAAAGGAUGUCAAAGGGUCCUACUUUAUAGUACAUUGAAACAUGGCAUAUCACUUCGCACACUUCUUCGCAACAGUGCUAAACUUUCUGGUCCUGGUUUGCUGAUUGUUGGAGAUAAGCAAGGGGCUGUGUUUGGAGGGCUACUAAAUUGCCCUUUGAACCCUACUGCAAAGCGAAAAUACCAAGGGACAAAUCAAACUUUUGUAUUUACAACCAUAUAUAGUCAGCCAAGGUUGUUUCGGCCCACUGGCAUCAAUCGACACUAUUACUUAUGUUUGAAUGACUUGCUUGCACUUGGUGGUGGUGGUACCCCUGCUUUGUGCUUAGAUGACGAUUUGUUAUCCGGGACCAGUGGACCAUGUGAUACAUUUGGAAACAUGUGUUUGGCUCAUAGUUCAGAAUUUGAAUUGAAGAAUGUAGAGUUGUGGGGUUUCACAUAUACUUCCCGUUACCUGAUGCAACGUUGA